AUGCUCAAAGUUUGCUGCUUUUUUGCGUUCGUGCUUGCGGUGGUAUGUCAUGAGGAGUUUGUGGUAAUCAGUCGUGGUCUUGGUCAGGAGAAGGGGGAAGAGAUGGCAGAGUACUUCGAAGAAGAAGCUGGCGAAGGCUGGAGUCUUGAAUACAAAAAAGAUUCGGAGAAGUCGGUCUUGGAAUACCUUGUAUGUGCUUGGGGAUACGAUCCAUUGAUCGAUGGUCAAGAAUCUGAAGCUAAUUCAAACUCUCAAGUCGCAACUAAUGACAACUGUAAAGAAAAGUUUGGCUUGCAAAAGAUAAACAUCUUGCAUGGCACUUUUGAUGGACAGUACGCUACUCUGGAUUUGGGAAAAAUCUUGGAAAACGUAAAAUUUAACUGGAAGAAUACAAGAAGAGAAGGAGAAAAUCCAGAAUAUCCAGACGAUUCAGAAGAUCCAGAAAAUUUGGAGGAGACACUCUCAAAAGCAAAAAACAGCGAUGCCAAAGAAGUCUCCUGUGCAAUACAUUAUGACUCAUCUGCCUUUGAGUACGGGACCGGGCCGGCUCCCGGAGAGGGGAGCGAGAGUCACGGCAGUAGUAGAGAAGGGCAAGACAGCAUCGCGAACGGAGGGGAAAAAUUGGAAGAAGAUCCCGGAUUUGGAGAUUUCGCGUGUUUUUUCAAAUAA